GAGUAUUGGCCGGUCAGACCCUACCAGCCUACCCGACCAACCGGCGCACCGAAAAGCAGCAAAACACUCCGGUCUGACAGCAAAACUUCCCACUUUCUCCAAAAGAAAAAAAUAAAAGCAACAGCUGGAGCCGCGAGGUGGACUUUUAUUUUGGAGGCGUGUGCUCUUCUUGUUAAUUAUCACACCUGACAAGGAUAAGAAUAAAUUAAACAUCUCUUUUCCCUGAGGUGCAGGAGUGUGUUUUUUUCCGGAAUUAAGGGCUGAAUAAAAGAAAGAUGAAGCCGCUCCCGGAGGAUUAAAGCGGCUGAAGUUGUGAAGAUGCCGGAGGAAGCGGAGCAGACGGAGUGAAGCAGCCCGGUGCGCACUUUCCGCUCCCGCUGGACUGAAGCGCUACAGUCCGCUCCCCUGCCGCUGCUGGAGGGGCACUUCUGCGCUCCUGCCUCUCCUCGUUAAUUUCAUCAUCUUUAUCGCUCUGCUUGGAUUAAAAAAACAAGCUUUAUCUUCUUCUUCUUCUUCUUCUCCAAGAGUUUUUUCACUCCAAACACUUUUCUUUUCUUGUGCUGCGCGGAGUUUUUGUGCUCAUGGAUCGGCCACUUUGCGCCUCCUCUCCGGAUGGGAUUUGGCAGCUGUGAGCGGGGCGCGGUGGAGCGGUGAUGGUGUCAAACGAGAUUAAAAAAACCCGCAGUUUUUAACGCAGGAGUUUCACAUCUGGUAUACUGGGCCAGUCUGCAGCAGGAUCAGGAUGAGAAGAUGGCUGGCUGUGUGUUUCCAAUGGGACCAGAGAGCUUUCAGCGCUUCACGCCGGACUCCCUGGCGGCCAUCGAGCAGCGCAUUUCCCAGGAGGAGGCCCGACGCAACAAACAAUACCAGGAGGACCUGGGCGAUGUGGUGGUCCCCCGGCCCCGGCCUGACCUGGAGGCAGGAAAACAGCUGCCGCGCAUCUUCGCCGACAUCCCGUCUCAUCUGGUGGGCGUUCCCCUGGAAGACAUCGACCCAUACUACUUCAAAAACAAGAGGACCUUCAUAGUCCUGAACAAAGGGAAGGCCAUCUUCCGUUUCAGUGCCACAUCAGCUCUCUACAUCUUCAGCCCUUUCCACCCCAUCCGCAGAAUCGCCAUCAAAAUCCUGGUCCACUCGUUGUUCAGUUUGUUCAUCAUGUGCACCAUCCUGACCAACUGCUGCUUCAUGGCCAUGUCCGAGCCGGCGUACUGGGCCAAAUACCUGGAGUAUACCUUCACAGGUAUCUAUACAUUCGAGUCUCUCAUAAAGAUCUUGGCGAGGGGUUUCUGUGUGGGACCCUUCACCUUCCUGAGGGACCCCUGGAACUGGCUCGACUUUAGCGUCAUCGUCAUGGCAUAUGUGACUGAGUUUGUGGACCUGGGUAAUGUGUCAGCCUUAAGGACGUUCAGGGUGCUGCGAGCGCUCAAAACCAUCUCUGUCAUCCCAGGCCUGAAGACCAUCGUUGGCGCUCUGAUCCAGUCAGUGAAGAAGCUCGCUGACGUGAUGAUCCUCACCGUCUUCUGUCUGAGCGUCUUUGCACUCAUCGGACUGCAGCUCUUCAUGGGAAACCUGCGGCAAAAAUGUGUCCGCAGCCCGGAGCACUGCGUCAACGGCAGCCUGCCGGCCAACACCUCCUUUUUCUGCAACAACAAGACCUGGGCCUCCCUGAAGGACUUCAUCAACGACGAAGACAACUUCUACAAGGUGGAGGGAGCCAAGGAUGCCUUAAUCUGUGGGAACAGCAGCGACGCAGGAAAGUGCCCAGAUGGGUUUGACUGUCUGAAGACGGGAAGGAACCCCAACUACGGCUACACCAGCUUCGACACCUUUGGGUGGGCUUUUCUGUCCUUGUUUCGCCUGAUGACACAAGAUUACUGGGAAAAUCUCUACCACCAGACGCUGCGUUCGGCAGGUAAGACCUACAUGGUGUUUUUCGUGGUGGUGAUCUUCCUGGGCUCCUUCUACCUGGUCAACCUCAUCCUGGCCGUGGUCGCGAUGGCGUACGAGGAGCAGAACCAGGCGACCAUCGCUGAGGCCUGCCAGAAAGAGCGAGAGUUUCAGGUGGCCAUGGAGAUGCUCAAGAAGGAGCAACAGGUUGCCGCCCAGAAAGUUCUUGACUCGGACUCGAUGAUGUCACCAGAAUUAUCCCCGUUUGGUCUGCCGUUGGACAGCAUGGAGGAGCGGAGGCGGAGUCAAGCACUGAUGGGAGUGGUCGAUGUGGAGGCGAAUUUAUCAGAGGAAAAGCUGCUGCAGGUGGAAAUACCGGACGGGGGAAGGCCCCUGCACCCCCUCCUUGCUCGCUCCUUCUCCACGAGGACUCGGCGAAGCAGUCAGGUCUCUUCCAUCUUCAACUUCCGUCUGAAGAGUCGAGGGUCGGAGGGUGAGAUGGCUGACGACGAGUACAGCGUCCCAGGUGAUGUGGUGGAAGGCGUCGGGGGUCGGACCUACAGUGGUGGGACCUUCAGUGGCAUCCUGCCCCAUCCUUGGCCCAAACGACGACCAAGCACCUACAGCACUGCCAGCAGGAACUCCCAGGUAUUUUAUCCAACUCUAAAUGUCAACGGGAAGCUGUUUGUUGCCAUGGACCAGAACGGGGUUUCCCCACCACCGCUGCAGGGGCAGCUGCCUGCCUGCACCAUGGAGAAGGUCAAGGAGGAGAGUGUCCCCACGUCCACCACGGAGCUCAGCACGAUGCUGUUACCUCGUCCUUCGUCCACACAAGGCUCAGAGCGGAGGGGGAGGACGCUCAGUGCAGCCAGCUACCUCACUGAUGCCAUGGAAGAGCUGGAGGAGGCCCAUAAGAAGUGCCACCCGUGCUGGUACGUCUUCGCCCACCGUUACCUGGUGUGGGAGUGCAGUCCCUUCUGGCUGAGGGUGAAGCAGCUGGUGAAUACCAUGGUGAUGGACCCCUUCCUGGACCUGGCCAUCACCAUCUGUAUCGUCCUCAAUACGCUCUUCAUGGCCAUGGAGCACUACCCCAUGACCGACGAGUUCAAUGGCAUGCUGAGCAUCGGAAACCUGGUGUUCUCGGGGAUCUUCACAGCAGAGAUGGUGUUGAAGAUCAUCGCUCUGGAUCCGUACUACUACUUCCAGACGGGCUGGAACAUCUUCGACAGCAUCAUCGUCUGCCUCAGCCUGAUGGAGCUCGGCCUGUCCGACGUCGAGGGGCUCAGUGUCCUACGCUCCUUCAGACUGCUUCGUGUGUUCAAGCUCGCUCGCUCGUGGCCGACGCUCAACACCCUGAUCAAGAUCAUUGGUAACUCCAUGGGCGCUCUGGGAAACCUCACGCUUGUCCUCGCCAUCAUCGUCUUCAUCUUCGCUGUAGUCGGCAUGCAGCUGUUUGGUAAAAACUACCAGGACUGUGUUUGUAAGAUCUCGAAAGACUGCGCUCUUCCUCGGUGGCACAUGAAGGACUUUUUCCACUCCUUCCUCAUCGUCUUCAGGGUGCUAUGCGGCGAGUGGAUAGAGACCAUGUGGGAUUGCAUGGAGGUUGCAGGUCAGCCGCUCUGCAUCCUGGUCUUCAUGCUGGUCAUGGUCAUCGGGAACCUGGUGCUGUUGAACCUCUUCCUGGCUCUGCUCCUCAGCAGCUUCAGCUCUGACAACCUGUCAGCGCCAGACGACGAUGGGGAAAUGAACAACCUGCAUAUCGCCAUCCACAGGAUCGCCAGAGGCCUGGCCUGGUGCCGCAGACAGGUGGUGGAUUUCUUCAACGGGAACCUGAAGCGUCGUCGUCAGAAGCGAAAGGAAGCGAAAGCCAUGAUGAAGCUCAAACGCCUGAGUACCAUCCACACUGAGGCCAAUGGAGCUGUCAUAGGCCGUCACGUAGAGAAGUAUGUGGUGCCGGAGGACGACAGCUACAUGACGAACCCCAACCUGACCAUCAGCGUCCCCAUCGCCCCAGGAGAGUCUGACGUGGAGUUCCCGGAGGAGGAGGAGGACGAGGAGGAGGAGGGGGAGGAGGAGCAGAGCGAGGCCUCCGAGGAAGAAGAGGAGGAGAGGGUGGAGCAGAAAGAUGAUGUCAGCCUAUCGGAGGGCAGUACGGUGGACCUGAGGAAGCCUGGGGAGGAAGAGGAUGAAUACUCAGAGAUGGCUGAAGAGGCCAUGGACCCAGACAACUGCUUCCCGGACAUGUGUGUGGCCAGGUUUCAGUGCUGUGACAUUGACACGACAUCAGGCCUCGGUGAGAUCUGGUGGAAAACGAGGAAGACCUGUUUCCAGAUCGUAGAGCACAGCUGGUUCGAGUCCUUCAUCAUCUUCAUGAUCCUCCUCAGCUCCGGAGCGCUGGCCUUUGAGGACAUCUACAUCGAGCAGAGGAAGGUGGUCAAGGUGAUACUGGAAUACGCAGACAAGAUCUUCACCUACAUCUUCAUCCUAGAGAUGCUGCUCAAGUGGCUCGCCUACGGCUUCAAGAAGUACUUCACCAACUACUGGUGCUGGCUCGACUUCCUCAUCGUCGAUGUCUCAUUGGUCAGUUUGGUGGCCAACACGUUGGGUUAUUCAGACUUUGCAGCCAUCAAAUCCCUGCGGACGCUGCGGGCCCUGCGACCCCUCAGAGCCCUCUCCAGAUUUGAAGGCAUGAGGGUGGUGGUUAACGCUCUGAUCGGGGCGAUUCCCUCCAUCAUGAACGUGCUGCUGGUCUGUCUCAUCUUCUGGCUCAUCUUCAGCAUCAUGGGCGUCAACCUGUUCGCCGGGAAGUUCGGCCGCUGCGUCAACCGCACUGGCUAUGUCCACGAGGCCUCCGAAAUCAACAACAAGUCCCAGUGCGAGUCGCGCAACGACACCUCGCAAUACUACUGGACCAAAGUCAAGGUCAACUUUGACAACGUGGGGGCCGGGUACCUGGCUCUGCUGCAAGUGGCAACUUUCAAAGGCUGGAUGGACAUCAUGUAUGCAGCUGUGGAUUCACGAGCUGUUGAGGAGCAGCCUAUCAAGGAGAUCAAUCUGUACAUGUAUCUGUACUUUGUCAUCUUCAUCAUCUUCGGCUCCUUCUUCACCCUCAAUCUCUUCAUCGGUGUUAUCAUCGAUAACUUCAACCAGCAGAAAAGGAAGUUAGGAGGACAGGAUAUCUUCAUGACAGAGGAGCAAAAAUACUACAAUGCUAUGAAGAAACUGGGCUCCAAGAAACCUCAGAAGCCCAUCCCCAGACCUCUGAACCCGCUGCAGGGCUUCUUCUUCGACCUGGUGGCAAAGCAGGCGUUCGACAUCAUCAUCAUGGUGAUGAUCCUCUUCAACAUGAUCACCAUGAUGGUGGAGACGGACGAGCAGUCGCCCCAGAUGGAGUACAUCCUUAACAAAAUCAACCUGGCCUUCAUCAUCGUCUUCACCUUCGAGUGCCUCAUCAAGAUCAUGGCGCUGCGAUGCUACUUCUUCACAGUCGGCUGGAACAUCUUCGACUUCGUGGUCGUCAUUCUCUCCAUCGUUGGUAUCGUGCUCGCUGACAUUAUCGAGAAGUACUUUGUCUCGCCAACACUGUUCCGAGUGAUUCGACUGGCUCGUAUUGGACGGAUUCUGCGUCUCAUCAGAGGCGCUAAGGGCAUCCGGACGUUACUGUUCGCCCUCAUGAUGUCCCUCCCUGCUCUCUUCAACAUCGGGCUCCUCCUCUUCCUGGUCAUGUUCAUCUACGCCAUCUUCGGCAUGGCCAACUUCGCCUAUGUCAAAAGGCAGUCGGGGAUCGACGACAUGUUCAACUUUGAGACAUUUGGGAACAGCAUGAUCUGCUUGUUCCAGAUCACCACCUCCGCUGGCUGGGACAGCCUGCUCAGCCCCAUCCUCAACAACUCCCCCGAGGAGUGCAACCCCAACAUCCCCCACACCGGCACCACCGUCCGGGGGAACUGUGGGAACCCCUCGGUGGGCAUCACCUUCUUCGUCACCUACAUCAUCAUCUCCUUCCUCAUCGUAGUGAACAUGUACAUCGCCAUCAUCUUGGAGAACUUCAGCGUGGCCACAGAGGAGAGCACCGAGCCGCUGAGCGAGGACGACUUUGAGAUGUUCUACGAGGUUUGGGAGAAGUUCGACCCAGAGGCCACGCAGUUCAUUGAGUACGCCAAGCUGUCAGAUUUUGCAGAUUCGCUGUCAGAGCCGCUGCGCAUCAGCAAGCCUAACAAGAUCAAACUGAUCUCCAUGGACCUGCCCAUGGUCAGUGGGGACAAGAUCCACUGUCUGGACAUCCUCUUUGCCUUCACAAAGCGUGUUCUGGGUGAGUCGGGCGAGAUGGACGCCCUCAAGCAGCAGAUGGAGGAGAAGUUUAUGAUGGCCAACCCGUCUAAGAUCUCCUAUGAGCCAAUCACAACAACUCUGAGGCGCAAACAGGAAGAGGUCUCCGCCACGGUGAUCCAAAGGUGCUAUCGCAGACACCUGGUAAGGCGGCAGUUGAAGGCCGCCUCCUACUUGUACCGCCAGAUCACCACACCUCGACACGUCGGAAGUGAAGGUGAAGAAGGCAGCGAGGUCUUCGGGGAGGAUGCACCUGAGAAAGAAGGGCUGAUCGCCACCAUGAUGAGGGAAAACUAUGGUUCGAGUUUGUUAGGGAUAGAGCGCUCCGAGACGGUCUCCUCCAUUUCGUCCCCGCCCUCCUAUGACAGCGCGACGCGAGCCACAUCAGAGAUCUUGCACCCGUUCGCUGCCAACUCAGAAACAAUCCCUGUCGAGACAGCAGACAGCGAACCGAGUGAACAAUCGACGUCAGUGGUCGACUCUGACAGACAGCAGGAAACAGUACCAUAGCGGGAACCAAAAAGUUUUACAAAUUAGGAUAUCCUCGUUUUGGGUUAAGCCUGUUUGUUCUUUUGUUCACUGAAUGUACCAUAGCUGAGGAGUGCUGAGUAGAUGGCAGGAAGAAGCUAUAAGCGAGGAACUGCAGGAGGAAUCGAGUGAAAGAGCAAAAAAAAGUGGAAUAUUUACUACCUUUAACGUUAUUUCCUGUUCCCUGCGGAGAUUCCUGGACUCGACUCAACAGCGUCUUUGGAGUUUCUUAAAGGGAAGCAGAAAAACUGCAGUAACAGAGAGGGAAACCCCGUCUGUCAAGUCAACUCUGCCUUUGUUGGAGUAAAAAGACAGAAGCGUAGAUCCCUUUGACCUCUUGGGUCUCUCACGUGGACCGGAGCCAGGGGUUCGGAACACUGACUGACCUUUGACCUCGGCUACAGGGGGUCAGAGGUGUCACAACAACUAUAUCAGAUGUAUCCAUCAUUUAUUGGCCUGGGGGGUUUGUGCCUUCCCACAGUUGAUCAAUAUUCUCAGAGUACGCCUGGCUGUCAGAGCGACGGUGUUCCUGGUGGUGUUUCUCGGCACGUUACUGUCUGACUGACUGAGACUCAAGAGAGGAGGCAAAGUAAUGACAACGUGAUUUUAAAACAUGUUUUCGUAGUAAAAAGUAUAACUUU